CUUACAGGAGGUGUGAUCCUGGGCGUGGCCCUGUGGCUGAGACACGACCCAAAGACCAGCAACCUGCUGGAGCUGAACUUUGAUGGAGCCCAAGCCCCCAGCACCUUCUACAUCAGUGUCCACAUCCUGAUCGCUGUGGGUGCAGUGAUGAUGGUGGUCGGUUUCCUUGGAUGUUAUGGCGCCAUCCAGGAGUCCCAGUGUCUUCUGGGAACUUUCUUCGCCUGCCUCGUCAUCCUGUUCGCCUGUGAAGUAGCAGCUGGAAUCUGGGGCUUCAUGCACAGAGAAACUGUGUCGAAGGAGAUGAUGAACUACUACGACUCGGUGUACGACAAGGCCAUGACACAAAGUCUGACUGAUGAUAAGAAGCAGGCGGCUGCCUCUGUGCUCAAGGUCUUCCACGAGACGCUGAUCUGCUGCGGUAAAGGACAGGGCUCUACUUUUUUCACACGCUUAACGGACGCGGUCGGCGUGACCGACCUCUGCCCCUCCGGUGGAACCACAGUGAGCUGCCACAACAGGAUCCAGGAAUUGUUCUCAGAUAAGAUUUAUCUGAUCGGUAUUGCCGCUCUGGUGGUCGCUGUUAUCAUGGUGAGAACAGGAAGCUGCACUAACAGUCAUCAAAGCUCUAAGAACAUGAUGUGUUUCUUCUUUAAUUUACCUAAAAGCAGGGACAGGUAGUCUGUGUUCUGAGGG